AUGGCGGAAUCCAAGACCAAAUACGAUCGUCAGCUCAGAAUUUGGGGCGAGCAAGGGCAAGCAGCCCUCGAGAAAUCAAGCAUAUGCUUGUUGAACUGUGGGCCCACCGGCUCGGAAACUCUGAAAAAUUUGGUGCUUGGCGGUGUUGGGAGUAUCACGGUUGUUGAUGGCUCUAAAGUUGAGCUUGGAGACCUGGGGAAUAAUUUCAUGGUGGAUGAAUCGAGUGUCGGCCAAUCUAAGGCGAAGACUGUGUGUGCUUUUCUAGAGGAGUUAAAUGAUGCAGUGAAGGCAAAAUUUAUUGAGGAAUAUCCAGAAAAGUUAAUCGAAUCCAACCCCUCAUUCUUUUCGCAAUUUACGUUGGUAGUUGCCACACAGCUCGUUGAACAUUCCAUGGUGAAGUUGGAUAAAAUAUGCCGUGAUUCAAACGUCAUGCUUAUAUAUGCGCGCUCUUAUGGGCUCACUGGUUUGGUUCGGAUCAGUGUGAAGGAACAUGCGGUGAUUGAAUCAAAGCCUGAUCAUUUUCUGGAUGAUCUGCGGCUUAAUAACCCGUGGCCAGAACUCAGGAGAUUUGCAGAAACAAUAGAUAUGGAUACAUCUGAUCCUGUCGUUCAUAAACACACUCCAUAUGUUAUCAUUCUCAUUAAGAUGGCAGAUGAGUGGGCUAAAACACAUAAAGGCAACCUUCCUUCAACGAGGGAAGAGAAAAAAGUGUUUAAGGAUUUAAUUAAGGCCAAGAUGAUUGCAUCUGAUGAAGACAACUACAAAGAAGCCAUUGAAGCUUCCUUCAAAGUUUUUUCUCCUCGAGGAAUUAGUCCAGAGCUACUUCAGAUUAUUAGUGACAGCUGCGCUGAAGUUAAUUCUAAUUCAUCCGAUUUUUGGGUGUUGGUGGCAGCCCUAAAGGAAUUUAUAUCUAAUGAAGGUGGUGGAGAGGCUCCUCUGGAGGGAGCGAUGCCUGAUAUGACAUCUUCUACUGAGUUAUAUGUCAACCUGCAAAAGAUAUACCAGGCGAAGGCCGAAGCUGAUUUUCUUGUCAUGGAGACAUACACGAGGAAAAUAUUAAAGAAGAUAGGUAGAGAUCCCGAUAGCAUCCCAAAGACAACCAUAAAAAGUUUCUGCAAAAAUGCUCGGAAACUUAAGGUACGCAGAUACCGUUCUAUUGAGGAUGAGUACAGUUCUCCGGUUCAACAGGAGUUGCAAAAGUAUCUAACAGAUGAAGAUUACAGUAUGGCUGUUGGAUUUUAUAUCCUUCUACGAGCGGUAGACCGUUUUGCUGCAAACUACAACAAUUUCCCUGGGCAAUUUGACGGUGAGACAGAUGAGGAUAUUUCUAGAUUGAAAACGACAGCUGUUGCCUUACUUAAUGAUUUGGGUUGCAAUGGAUCGACCUUGACCGAGGACCUUAUUAACGAGAUGUGCCGUUAUGGUGCCUCAGAGCUUCAUGCUGUGGCUGCCUUUAUUGGAGGAAUAGCAUCACAGGAGGCGAUUAAGCUCAUCACGCGACAGUUUGUUCCGCUGAGCGGUACUUUUAUCUUCAAUGGUGUUGAUCACAAGUCGCAGUUGUUAUUACUUUAG